AAAGGUGUUUCUGCAGAGGUCUGCAAUGUCCAAGCGGCCCCGGACCUUCAAGCUGCGGGCGCUCCACAGCCAGGACAAAUACGGGGUGGCGGGAAAGAACUGCCAGGAAGUGUUGCUGAAAGGAUGUCAGAAAUUCCAGCUUCCCAUUUCUGGCUGCCGCCUGUGUUUGUACGAAGAUGGCACCGAGCUCACUGAAGGCUACUUCCAGCGCCUCCCUGACAACACCGAGCUCAUGCUUCUGACCCCUGGUCAGGCCUGGCAGGGCUAUAUCAGCGACAUCCAUCGCUUCCUCACCAUAUUCUACCAGCCACAGGCGGACAUCAUUCAAGCAGCUCAGAAACUGCUCUCUGAUGAGCGAGCUCCCUUGAGGCAGAAACUUCUUGCGGACUUCCUUCACAACAUUAGCGAAAACAUCCAGGCAGAAACCCGAGAGGAGGAUGGGCCGUGGUUUGAAGGUUUGGAGUCUCGGUUUAGGAAUAAGUCUAGCUAUUUGAGGUAUAGCUGUGAGAGCCGCAUACGGAGUUAUCUGAAAGAGGUGAAUGCUCAUGCCUCCACCCUCGAUCCCCAGCCUCGAGCAGAAUAUCUGAAAAUCAUUGGCCAAAUGUGUGAGAAACUGAAAUCGGAGCGCUACAAUGGCAGCUACUUUGACAGGAGAGACAAAGUGAGAGAGCGUCUUUGUACAGCAGAAGGCUGGUUCUCUUGUCAGGGUCCUUUCGAUUUGGAUGCUUGUUUGUCUAAACACUCCAUCAAUCCCUAUAGCAACCGGGAAAGUCGAAUUCUCUUCAGCACUUGGAACCUAGAUCACAAAAUAGAAAAGAAACGCACCAUUGUGCCCACCCUGACUGAAGCUGUUGCCGAGCAAGACGGGAGAGAAGUAGACUGGGAAUAUUUCUAUAGCCUGCUUUUUACCUCCAAUAAUCUCAAAUUGGUACAUAUUGCCUGCCAUAAGAAAAGUAGUCAUAACCUCAGCUGCGAUGAGACUAGGAUUUACAAACCCAAGAAGCAGGUUGUCAGGAAACGUGCUGCCCGCAGACGUCAAUGACCUCUCUCCUAUCGCUUUCCUGGGUUUUAGAGCCAGAAGGGGACUCGGAGAUCAUCUGCUCCAUUCCCCUAGUUUUACAGAAAGAGAAACAGGUUCAAAUAGGAGAAGAAGCAAGCAUUUGUUAAGUGCCUACUAUGUGUCAUUCUCUGUCCUAGUGCUGAGGAUGGAUACAAAGACAAAAAUGAAACAUAAAAUGAUAUACAAAGUAUCUACAAAGAAAAUGGAAGACAAUUUUUGUUUUGGAAGGAACGAUUAAUAGCAGGUGGCAUCAGGAACAUCUUCCUGUAGGAGGUGGCAGUUGAGCUGUGCUUAGAGGAAGCUAGAGAUUCUAAAAGAUGGCAGUAAGGAAAGAGUGCAGUCUAGGCACAGGGCGCAGCCAGUGGAAAGUCAGGGAGCCUACCUCAUAUACAUAUCUGAUGGUGCCUUAACGCAGGGCCUCCAUAAAGGGGCUACUUUCUGUCUGUCUCUCUGGCUAAUUCCAAGCUUACAAAUGCAUGUUUGUCCACAUGUCUGUUUCCGUCUUUGUGUUGUUGUUCAGUCAUGUCCUACCCUUUGUGACCCCAUCUGGCGUUUUCUUGGCAAAGAUCUUGGAGUGGU